GGGAGAUUAUUGAGUUGAAACCCAAUAUGGCGACUAUUCAGCCAUAUUUUUUGCUGAUGCAGUUGUUGUUCGUGCAGAAUGUGUUCAGCCAAAUCGUGCCAAUCGGGAAUGGAUGCUUCUGCCAGAAGCCACCGGUGCCUCAGAACCAGGUGAUCAAUCUUCAGAUGCCAAAUCCUGGCUGCAACUGCCAAAACAAUCUGCCAUACAACGUGCCAGUGAACUUCAACAACGUGCCAAUCAACAAUUUGCCAGUCAACCAGCUGCCAGUUGUGAAUGGCAUAAUAAACAACGGUGUCCAACUCAACAGGAGACCUCAAUAUGCUAAUAUACCAAAUUUUAACUUACCAAUGGGUAACUUACCAAUUAUUAAUAAUCUGCCCUUAAAUAAUGUGCCGGUUUACAACAAUAUGCCAGUGCCCAAUAUGCCAGUAGCCAAUUUGCCAGUAUUCAACAACUUGCUGAUUGGCAAUAAUCAGCCAGUCAACAACAUACCGCAAAACGGGCUCCAAAUUAACAGACUGCCAGCGUUUAAUAAUAUCAACAUUGGCAAUAAUAUGCCAGUAAGAAAUAAUCUGCCGAUACCGAAUACUUUCAUCCCUGGCAUGCCAGUUGCAAGUAACAUUCCUGUAAACUGCUUAAACGGCAAUGGUUUAGUAAAUCUACAAAAUUGUAUACAAAUGCCGAACACAGUAAAUCUGCCAAUCCCAAAUAAUAUACAAAUUAAAAACAUCAAUCCACCACAGAAUUUCAACGUCCAACCCGUGAACAAUUUGGUCUUUGGCCCGCCAAGCAACUUCCAAAUCCCCAAUUUACCUAUUGGCCAGCCAAACAGUAUUCAAUUCACGGACGUGCCAAGCGGAAUUCAACUGAACCAGGUGCCAAUGCCAAAUGGGUUCAAUCAGCAAAAUUAUCAAAAUGGGCAGAUAAAUAGCGAUUGUUCUUGUAACCAGCCAAGUAUGCCAGUUGUAGUCGAAAAUGGCUUGGCCAAUCAGCAAAACAGUGGGCCAAUAGUAUCGAUGAAUGGACUACAGCUUGGCGGGCUUGGCGGACUUGGCAAUCUGCCGCUGUUUAAUGGCCUGCCAGUCAUUGGCGUGCAAGAAAGCGUUGUGAAUCUGAAUCCGCAGUGUAAUUGCCAGAAUUAA